AUGAAAAAAAAAAAUGAUCAAAAUUUCUAAGAGCCACCUCCAUAUUACUUGUAAGUUAUUUUGAUACAAUUAUUUUUAGUUUUGGUAUUCCUCUUCAUAAUAGUAGGGUAGCUUAGUAAUUUUGCCUUAUUUUUAUCCUAGUCUUAAUUAUACCUUUUACAAUGUUUUUCGGAUUAAGAGAAUCUAUAGGAGAGGUAAGUGCUGGUAUAUCAGCUGUUGUUUCAAUAUAAUUAAUUAUAGCAAUUUAUGUUAUAAUGAUCAUCAAAGACCCAGAGAAUUUUCCAAAUGCUGAUGCUGCCAGAAAACAAAUUGAAUAAAGGAAAUUAAAAGCGAAAUAAAAUUAAACAUAAACAGAAACAACCAAUUAAAAAGCAUAAGAUAAUAAUAAAAAUAAGUAAAUUAAAUCGCAAAAGGAUAAACUUAAAUAAGCAUGA